AUGUUUGCCUCGUCAACUUCAUCUCAAUCACCUAUUCACCGAUCUCUGCCGCAAGCGUAUGCAGAGAUCUUGAACGAUCUCAACCAAAAGGUCAUCGCUGCCCAGCCUCAAGAUGUUCUCCAGUUCUGUGCGAAUUACUUUAAUAGCAAACUUGAGGAGCAGCGCGUGAGAUUUUUGGCCACAGGUGAGGAUAGCUAUCAUGCUCACAUUCUAUCGUUUUUGCCUCCUGUGCCCCCUCCUACGCUUUCUGUCUCUUCGCCAAAUAAUGGCAGUCCUGCAACAUCAGAAGCAUCCAGCCCUGAUCAUCCAAUGGGAAGUGGAAGCGGGAGUGAGAGUGACGAUGAAGAUCCGGAUGAACCCAGUCCACUGCUGGCAAUGCCUCCGAAUUAUAUGAGAGGUCGCCGCACCUCAGUUAGUGCCGAGAGUAUGGUUCCCAACCACCAGAAUUAUGUCAAAGUUGUUAUUCCGAAGACAGAGGAACAGCGCCGACGAAUUGAAGCCUCCAUCUCUAAUAACUUUUUAUUCAAGAACUUGGACGAAGACCAACAUGAAGAUGUUGUCAAUGCCAUGACAGAGAAGCGCUUUCAUCGUGGCGAUAAUGUGAUUGAACAAGGUGCAGUUGGAGACUUUUUUUAUGUCGUUGAAACAGGAACACUAGACGUAUUUGUGGCAAAGCACGGCAAUCCAGCCGAGAAAGUAUUUGAGUACGGCCCUGGAGGAAGCUUUGGAGAACUUGCUCUCAUGUAUAAUGGACCUCGCGCAGCAACUGUUACAGCGACAUCGGAUGUGGUUCUUUGGGCUCUGGAUCGUAUCACCUUCCGCAGGAUCCUUAUGGAGAACACAUCAAGGAAGAGACGUAUGUAUGAAGCCUUCUUAGAGACAGUUCCUUUGCUCAUGUCUUUGGAGCCCUAUGAACGUCACAAGAUUGCAGAUGCUUUGGAGUCUGUAUAUUUUGAUGAUGGUCAGAUUGUUGUAAAGCAAGGAGACCAAGGGACCAAUUUUUUUAUUAUUGAGUCAGGAGAGGCAACUGUUACGAAGUGCAACGACGAAGGUGUCGAAUAUGCUAUGCCUGGACUUGGACCCGGUCAAUAUUUUGGAGAACUUGCGCUCCUAAAUGAUAUGCCAAGAGCGGCAACCGUUCGAGCAAAAGGAAGGCUAAAGUGCGCUACUCUUGGAAAAAGGGCUUUCGUUCGUCUAUUGGGGCCUGUUGUUGAGAUCAUCAAGCGCAAUAGUGAUAACUAUCAAACAAUUGAACAGCAGAUUCAACAACAACAACUCUUGCAGGAACAGCAGGCCGCUGCUGAAGCAGCAUUAGAAUCAUCAAAUCAACAUUCUCAGGAGCAGCUCAACCAUCACUAA